UCCGGGUGGCAAUAGUGGUGAAAUUUGAUAAAUAAGAUAAAAAUAAUGUUUGAUUAUUUUUAAGAAUGCGCGUCAUAAAUAAGUGCAUAGAAGCGCCUCAGUAUUGCUAACAACUCGCUAAAGCUUUGCCAAACCCUACAAAACUAUGAGUUCUCACUACGCGGAAUCGGAAUCUUCGCAGUCCGAGAGCAAAAUGGACAUCUCCGAGACGCCUACGGACUCCACAGGCGCUUCUCCGCUGGCCGACGAGCGGGCAGCUGCAACGAUGCCACAGAAAGUGAACAACACAUCGCAGCAUCAAAUCGAGGAUGAGCGGGAGAAUAAUGAAAACUUAAAUUCGUCAACGCUGGAUAACCGAAUAAUACGGCCGGAGUUGCUGCUGCCGGUUGAAGCAAUGCCACAACGACAACUAACUGAACGCACGCUGACUUUGGCCAACAGUCAUCCGUUGAUGUCGCCCACAAACACAGACUCCGAUUCGGAGCCAUUUCUGGGCAAAUGCAAUAAUUUCCCGGACGUUGUGCCGCGCACGGAACAAACCACAACGGAAGCCGUACGCAAUACGUUGAACCAACAGAAUAAUAUGCGGGUGAAACCGCAGGAUGCCAAGGUGAGUCUGCUGCGAGCGAAUAGCCCAGACCUGAUCAGCAGCGAGUCGGAUGCGGAUGUCUCACAAUAUUUGGCUGCUGUGGAGUCCAACUUCCAGUCAGUCUCGUUGCUGCCCAAUGCGAACAACAAGGUGUCGCGUAAAGCCAAGCGAUCAGCUGGUGCUGCUGGAGAGGACAUCUCUAGCUUGGAUUCCAUAUCGAAUCACAGCUUCGACGAUGACGAAGACAUUGAGCACAAUUUGGCCUCGUUGAGUCCAUCGAGUUCGCUGAUCGAUGGCCUGGAUGGCGAGGACGAUGACGAUGAUGAAUGCGAGGGUCCCGAGCUUCUGCCCGACAACGACGACGACUUGGAUGAGUUUGGAAUGACCACAACGCCCACGCCACAUGCAACUGGGGCAGCAGCAACAGCUGCAACAUCAGAGCUACCACAGUAUACCGCCGACGAGGAGCGACGUGACUCUCGCAAUUGGCAAAAGAUUACGCUGCCGGAUGGCAAAACGCGCGAGAUUGACAUGCGCGUCAUAGAGCCCUACAAGCGUGUACUCUCCCACGGUGGCUAUCUCAAGGCGGGCGGACAGAAUGCCAUUGUCAUAUUCUGUGCCUGCCAUUUGCCAGACAGAUCCCGUGCGGACUACAGCUAUGUCAUGGACAAUCUGUUUCUAUAUGUGGUGAAGACGUUGGAACAGUUGGUCACGGAUGACUAUGUGCUCAUUUAUUUGCAUGGCGGCUCCAACAGGCGUAAUGUACCACCAUUUCCAUGGCUCAAGCGUUGCUAUCAAUUGCUGGAUCGUCGCUUGCGCAAGAGUCUGAAGCACAUGUAUUUGGUGCAUCCAACAUUUUGGAUCAAGUCCUUGGUGUGGAUGGCGCGCCCUUUUGUCAGCACAAAAUUCUGGCGCAAACUCAUUUAUGUUAAAUCUCUGGAUGAACUGGGACUGCAUGUGGCUGUGGAGAAGGCAGCCAUACCGGAGAAGGUUAAGCAAUACGAUGCCAAGCGACAUUGAGCUCAGACAUUGGCAAUAUCCAUUAUCUCAGCUGUUCAGGCUGGUUUCACUUUUAACGCAACAUUUAAACACGAUCGCAUUUGUGUUUCAGCAUUCCUCGUUUAAAUCUAUUUUUACUAUUCAUUAUUUAUAAUGCUCUCAGUUGUUUGUAUUUAUUUCAACUCUCGCUAUGCUUUAAUUUAAGAUCUCAAUCUUUGUGAUAAUUUAUUUUUGCCUUAUUAUUGCCUACUCAAAUAACACUCAUCUAUCAAUUUUAUCCGAUAUGCGUUAUGGAAUGUAUACAGAUGAAGUUCAGCGAACAUCGAACAAGUUUUUCGUAGAUUUUUACUGAUAGCAGUGAAACCCACACAACAAACACACACACACUCACUUAUACAUGUAGUCGUAGCAAUAUAGCUAACGCAUAGUUAUAAGUAAUCAUGAUCAUGUAGCUUCCGCUUCAGUUGCAUAUACAUAUACAUAUUACCACAUAAUCGUAUAAUCUCUACAAUAAUUUUCUAGCCUGGUUUUAUAAUGUUAGUAACAAAGAACGUAAAGCAACAUGAAACCACCAGACUUCCGUAUGUACGUGUUACCUUCUUUGUUGAAAAAAGAAACGAAACCUAAAGCAACUUAACUGAAUUUAAAAUUAAGCAAGAUUUACGAUAAUUGAAAAUGUUUAGCUGAAUUUUUUGUGUACCGAUUGCAUCGUUAUCAAUCAAAAGACACCGAUCACUGAAGAGAAGAGAGGAGAGGAAGACCCCAUGCCAGUUCCCCUUGCCCCCUUGCCACCCCAACAAGUAGCUGCUUAGUCUGUAAGUGAACUAGUGACCAUUAUAUUAACAACAACAAUUUGAUAUUUCAAUCUACAAUCUCACACAUAUUCUUACAUGAACAUAUGAAAUGUAGUUGUAUAGUUAAGCAUGUAACCCCGAUUGAUAUUAAGGAGCGAUCUUUUGUUGGUUUCCUUAUUGCUUCAAUGAUAAUAAAAAUGAAAUGCAAA